UGUGUCUCUGCCUCUCUCUGUCUCUCUCUCAUGAAUAAAGAAAGAAAAUCUUUUAAAAAUAUAAAUAAAUAAACAGAUAGAUAGAUCUAGAUCACAGAAUACUCCCAGAUGUGAGCUUGAGCUUUCCCAAGACUACUAAUACACGUCAAAACAUUUUCCUGCGGAGUCUCUUGGCUCCGCCCCCGUCGUCGGUAGCUCGCGAGAUUUCGCAGACACCUCCCUUUUUCCUCUGGGCCAACACGCCCUGCAGAGGGAGGAAGACCCGGAAACUUCGGGGCCACGUGAGCCAUCGCCACGGCCACAUGGGCAAUCACCGGAAGCACCCCGGAGGCCGGGGUAAUGCUGGUGGCAUACAUCAUCACAGGAUCAACUUCGACAAAUAUCACCCAGGUUACUUUGGAAAAGUCGGUAUGAGACAUUACCACUUAAAGAGAAACCAGAGCUUCUGCCCAACUGUCAACCUUGAUAAACUGUGGACCUUAGUCAGUGAGCAGACACGGGUAAAGGCGGCCAAAAACAAGACUGGAGCUGCCCCUAUUAUCGAUGUGGUGCGAUCAGGCUACUACAAAGUUUUGGGAAAGGGAAAGCUCCCAAAACAGCCUGUGGUCGUGAAGGCCAAAUUCUUCAGGAGAAGAGCUGAGGAGAAGAUAAAGGGUGUGGGGGACGCCUGCGUUCUAGUAGCUUGAAGCCACACAGGGGGAGACUCAUUAAAUGCC